GGUGUGGGGCUCGCUGCCGUUGGCGGCGGUACCGGGAGGGAGCCGGCCAUGGAUGCCACUGCGCACGAGCUGGACGCGGUGAGGUUCGCGCAGCUGGCGGUGCAGCGGGACCACAGCGGCCGCUACCAGGAAGCAGUCUUCUACUAUAAGGAAGCUGCACAAGCCUUGAUUUAUGCCGGGAUGGCAGGGUCCAACUUGGAAAAUAUUCAAGAAAAAAUAAAUGAGUACUUGGAAAGGGUUCAAGCUCUUCAUUCAGCAGUUCAGUCACAGAACACAGACCCUCUGAAGUCAAAACAACAGUUGGACUUGGAGCGUGCUCACUUCCUAGUUACACAGGCUUUUGAUGAAGAUGACAAAGACAAUGCAGAAGAAGCUAUAGAGUUGUACACAGAAGCAGUGGAACUCUGUUUGAAAACAGCUACUGAAACUUCAGAAGCAGGCCUCCAGUCCAAGCUGAAACAGCUGGCUCGACAAGCACUGGAUAGAGCAGAGGCACUGAAGGAAUCUACGUCAAAGUCAUCUCAGAAGAAGUCAACUGCAGCUAAACCAAAUCAUCCAGUCAGAACAUUCUUUCCACUGGGACCUGAUUUUUCUUUAAAUGAUAAACCACAGACAAUCAGAGCAGUGCAGGCUAGUGAACCUCAAGGUCAGAGAUACACUGCAGAGGAGAUUGAAGUGCUGAGGAAGACUUCAAAAAUUAAUGGCAUUGAAUAUGUACCUUUCAUGAGCGUUGAUCUGAGGGAACGUUUUGCCUUCCCUAUGCCAUUUUCUGAUAAAUGUGGGAAGCUACCAUUAUCCCCCAAACAGAAAGCAAUGUUUGCUAAGUGGGUGCGACCAGAUGAUAUAACAAAUAACCCCACGAUGAUUUAUACUGUAUCAAGUUUCAGCAUAAAGCAGACAAUCGUGUCAGAUUGCUCUUUUGUGGCAUCACUAGCUAUCAGUGCAGCAUAUGAAAGAAGAUACAACAAAAAAUUGAUCACAAGUAUCAUUUACCCUCAGAAUAAGAAAGGAGAACCAGAAUAUAAUCCAUGUGGCAAAUACAUGGUAAAGCUUCAUAUCAAUGGUGUACCUAGAAAGGUAAUCAUAGAUGACCAGUUACCUGUUGAUCAUAGUGGAGAACUUCUCUGCUCUUAUUCUAACAAUAAGAAUGAAUUAUGGGUAUCAUUAAUAGAAAAGGCUUACAUGAAGGUCAUGGGAGGAUAUGAUUUUCCUGGAUCAAAUUCUAAUAUUGAUCUCCAUGCACUGACUGGUUGGAUACCUGAAAGAAUUGCUAUGCACUCUGACAAUCAAGCUUUCAAUCAAGAUAGUACUUUCAGAAUACUUCAUCAGAGAUUUCACAAGGGAGAUGUCCUUAUCACAACAGCAACAGGGGUGAUGUCUGAAGAGGAAGGAGAAAAAUGGGGUUUAGUUCCAACCCAUGCAUAUGCAGUCUUGGAUAUAAGGGAAUAUAAGGGACUUCGGUUUCUUCAGCUGAAAAAUCCCUGGAGUCACUUACGUUGGAAAGGACGAUACAGUGAAAAUGACACAAGAAAUUGGACCCCAGAUUUACAAAAAUACUUGAACUUUGAUCCAAGAACAGCUCAGAAAAUCGACAAUGGCAUUUUCUGGAUUGCCUGGGAGGACCUGUGCCAGCACUAUGAUGUUAUUUAUUUGAGUUGGAACCCAAGUCUUUUUAAAGAAUCUACGUGUAUUCACAGUACUUGGGAUGCCAAGCAAGGUCCCGUGAAGGAUGCUUACAGCCUGGCUAAUAACCCUCAGUACAAGCUAGAGGUCCAGUGUCCACAAGGUGGAGCUGCCGUCUGGGUCCUGCUCAGCAGGCACAUCACGGAUAAGGAUGACUUUGCACACAAUCGGGAAUUCAUUACAAUGGUUGUAUACAAGACUGAUGGCAAAAAAGUUUACUAUCCAGCUUCUCCUCCUCCAUAUAUUGAUGGUAUUCGGAUCAACAGUCCUCAUUAUCUAACCAAGAUAAAGCUGACCACCCCGGGGCCCCAUACGUUUACCUUGGUGGUGUCCCAGUAUGAAAAACAAAACACUAUACAUUACACCAUCAGGGUGUAUUCCAUGUGCAAGUUCACCUUUUCCAAGAUUCCUACGCCUUACACCAUUUCCAAACGGGUUAAUGGGCAGUGGAAAACUCACAGUGCUGGAGGAUGUGGAAAUUUCAGAGACACCUACAAAAAUAACCCCAUUUAUCAAUUCCAGCUGGAUAAGAAUGGACCAUUACUAAUUGAGCUACGGGGACCAAGGCAAUACAGCGUUGGUUUUGAACUCAACACAGUCUCGACAGUAGGAGAACCUGGUUCCUAUGGCUUUCAGAAAAAGAGCAGUGGUGACUACAGGUGUGGAUUUUGCUACUUGGAAUUGGAGAACAUAGUUGCUGGAGUUUACAACAUUAUCCCUACCACAUUCCUGCCUCAACAAGAGGGUCCUUUUUUCUUAGACUUUAACAGUACUACUCCUCUUAAGGUAUCGCAGCUGCAGUGAGGAGACAGAUCUAUACAUUACUGUUUCAGGAUGUGGUUUUGAUCUGUCCCACUGUC